AUGCACGCCAUCUCCGUGACUAACCUCUCCUACUCACAUAAUUCCUUCUCACCCCCGGCCUUGCAAGACAUUACCCUCCACCUACCUCCUGGAUCCCGCACCAUCCUUAUUGGAGCCAAUGGAGCUGGCAAAUCCACCUUGCUUCAAUUAUUGGCGGGCAAAAGACUUGUCACUUCUCUCGGCGCUGACAUUAGGAUUGAAGGACGAGAUGUAUUCCGCGAUUCACCACCUGGCGUCACAUAUUUGGGUACUGAAUGGGCGAUGAAUCCAGUUGUGCGCAGUGAUAUCGCUGUCUCAGCUUUUUUGGAUUCUGUAGGAGGUCAUCAGCAUAAAGAGAGGCGAGAUUGCCUUCUUGACCUCCUGGACAUUGAUCUCGAUUGGCGUCUGCAUACAAUUUCUGAUGGAGAAAGGCGUAGGGUGCAGCUUUGCUUUGGACUCAUGGCACCCUGGAAGAUUCUUUUGCUCGACGAGGUUACAGUCGAUUUGGAUGUGCUGGUACGCGAUGAUCUGCUUAGGUUCCUCAAAGCGGACAGUGAAGAACGGCAGGCAACUAUUUUAUGCAAGAUCACUUCCCUUCAUCACGCGACUCACAUCUUUGACGGACUGAGUGAUUUUCCAACACACAUCGCACACAUGCGUUUCGGCUCGCUCGUAGAAAGUCCAACUCAUUGGCCGAUUUCCAAUUCAUCAGUUCCGGCUGCCCAAUUUUCCGCGUCUUCAUCUCUUCACAGCAUUGCUUUAUCCUGGCUCAAAGAUGACAGAGUCUAUCAACAAGGAAACGAAAAACAUGGCAAGAAGGCCCGCGGUGCUCGUAAGAAUGAGGUGCCCCAGGCCUUGAGUCCUGAAACAUUCUAUAAGAAAUACGAUUAUAGCCAUUGAGUGGUACUUACUCUCAUAAAUUAGAGGUCGCCUGGAUUUGGUUGUGAUC